GAACCGGCGGUUUAUUUUCUCCUUCUUCUGGUGACGACGGCGACGCUGUCAUUUCUGGUGGAAUCAUGCGACAACACGAACCACGCGUAUUUGCCGUGUUCGGACACUGAAGUCCAGGUAUCGGACGGGUUCACGUUCGGGAUCGCGUUCGCAUCGAGGCAAUCGUUCUUUUUCAACAGCCCGCUUCAGUUGUCUCCUUGCGAUCGCCGACUCUCUCUGUCGAACUCCAACUCUCGUGUCGCUCUCUUUAGGCCUAAAGUUGAUGAGAUCUCUCUCCUCACCAUCAACACCUCCUCUUUCUCUCCGGACUCAGUUGGUGGGUAUAUGGUCGCAUUUACUGGUCGAAAAUAUGCUGCAAGAUCCCUGCCUGCUUUUGUUGCGAACGGUACAUACUCUGUAACAAGCUUUACACUUAUGCUUGAGUUUAAGAAAGGCAGGCUGCAAAACUUGUAUUGGAAAAGGGAUGACUGUGCUCAAUGUUCUGGAAAAUCUAAUUUUGUGUGUCUAAACAAGCAAGACUGUGCUGUCAAUACAAACAGCUGCAAAAACCAUGGAGGGUCUGUUGAUUGCAGUCUUGGGAUACAGCUAGCAUUUUCUGGGACAGAUAAGCAUCUUUCUGCCCUCAACUCAUGCAUGACGUUGGCCUGUCAUGGUUGGUGUCAGAGUCAACCCCAAACUCAAGCUCAGACUGGGUUCAGUCUUGGAGCAUGCUAUAUCUUGAAAAGUACAGUGGAAGGUUGGUGUAUGCUCCUUGUCAACGCUGGAGCUAGUUGCAGCAGUCGUUCCCCCUGUCAUGGUUGGUUUCAGAGCCAAAUCCAAACUCAAGCUCAGACUAGGCCUUACUGUCUUGUGGCAUGCUAUAUCUUGAGAAGUGUUGUCCGGGGUUGGUAUUUGUUCAUUGUGAAUGCUGGAGGUUGUUGCAGCAGUGGUUCCACCUUGGUCACGGCUCAGAACAUCUGCUGAAAGAUCCCCAAAACACUGGAAGGUUGCUGUUGAUUCAUUGUCAUUGUUGGUCAUAACAGGAGACCAACGAGCUUCAGAAGGGCUGGUUUGUUUCUCCACUCUAAUCUUAAGCUGCAUAAAACCUGUUUCAUCUUGCUCCUUAUAGAUGGUCACUCUGUCACGCUCACGAAGCUUCUUACUGCGAGCAAAUUUAAUCCAUCCCUUGAUGAGAGCAGGCUUUGGGUGCUUUCCGAUCCUACGUUUAGAGCAGCAAAGGGUCCAAUCAUGGCCGUCCUCAUCUUUGACAACAAAAUCCACCUGAUGAUUGCCUUCCAAUUCUGGCCUUGGGAAGCCUUCCAUUUUGAAGUACUUCAUUGGGACGGCACAUCUCCUCUUAAUAUCUGUCUCACUGAGUAUCUUCGAAAACAUUACCAUUUCUAAAUCAGGAGUAGCAAAGCAAUCGUAGACUACAAGGCUUCUGCUUUAAGCUGAGAUGUAGCAAAUGCUGCCAUAUAUAUAGAAAAAGAUGGUUUGAAACAGGCGCUAUUGUGGUAGCGAGAAUGAGAUUUUGUUUCCUGGUGGAUCGCAACACUCCAUUAUUUCCAAAGUGUAGGGAUAUACAUAUAGAAAGGAAACUUAAUCAAAACUCAAAAGUGCGCAAGGUUCAAUUGGUUCUCCGUUGGUUUGUCGCGCGGUUCUUGUUUCGCGCCCGUCUCUGGCGUGAUUUUCUGAUUUAUGUUUGUUUUCCCCUUCUCCAUCGUUAUUACUAUUAUUUUAUUAUUAGUAAGCAUGACGUGGACUUCUGGUCAUAGCUGGCUAUUGCCAUUCUUUCACUAGCGCGAGCUCCCGUGUGCUUUUCGGAGUGCAGUGAAGUUGAUGUAAGUCCAAGUGUAGGCUAUUACCAAUUGAAUUGUUGCCUUUUUUUCA